AUGCGCGUCGACGCGGGCAACGGCUAUUUGCUCAACUUCGCGACGAUGACCCAGCGCGGCCACUACCCGUCGGACCCCGACAAGCGGAACCAGGACGCGUACUUUGUAAAGACGGACUGGCUCGGCCAGGGCACGCACCUCUUCGCCGUCUUCGACGGCCACGGCCCCCACGGCACGGAGUGCGCGGAGUUCGCGCGGGACAACGUGCCCGCGCUGCUCCAGCAGUCGCUGAAGAUCAACGGCACCGCCGACGAGGCCGCGGUCCGCGAGUCCUUCCGGGACGCGCACGUCGUCACGAACGAGCGCCUGUCGACGUCGGGCAUCGACGACAUGUACAGCGGCACGACGGCGAUAUCUGUCUUCUGCGACCGGGGCACGCUCUACGUGAGCAACGUGGGCGAUUCGCGGACGAUGCUCGGCACGGCGACAGAGGACGGCGGCGUCGGCUGCGAGGCGUUGAGCUUCGACCACACGCCCUACCGGUCCGACGAGCGCGAGCGCGUCAAGCAGCAGGGGGCCCGGGUCCUGAGCUUCGACCAGGUCCACGGCCGGCGGCCGCUGGGAGAGUCGUGGGACGUGAAGCUCGGCGAGGAGGUCGACGACGUCGGCGACCCGCCGCGCGUCUGGGACGACUCGCUGGAGACGCCGGGCACGGCGUUCACGCGGUCCAUCGGCGACUCCGUCGCCGAGACCUUGGGCAUCUUCGCGGAGCCCGAGGUC